UCAACUGCCAGCACAAGAACUGGUACGCGCUCCAGCGAUAUUGAUAGGAGUGCCGAUAUCACCUUCCGGCAAGAGGCGAGUUCUCGUAGUUUUCGUCCGGCAACACAAGAAGAACCACCAUCGACGAUGCCAGAAGCACCACGACACAGUUCGUGUAUGGGAGGACCAGAAGAAUCACAACACGUUUGUCCAGCAGGAGCAACCUUGCCUUCCGAUCAUGAACUGUUGCGGGUUCUGAAAGCUGCGGAAGGAAACACGCAGGACAUUU